AACCAUCUGUCCCCUCUCAGGACGUGGAGGGGGCUCUUCCUAUUCCUUUACAGCUGAGGGACAAUGGCCAGACCCUGGCAGGCCCCACAGCUUCUACUAGUCGUUCUGGUGGCCCUGGUGGCCCUCAGCUACCAAGUAAGGAGGAAAACCUUUAUGAGUGUCCAAGAAGUACCUGCAUCAGAAACCUAUGUAAUAGCCACCAUGCAGUUCGUGACCAACAAGUUCAACAGGGAAAGUGAUGACAAGUACAGCUUCCGGAUUGUGCGAGUCCUGAAGAUCAAAAAGCUGAUUACGGACCACAUGGAGUAUCACAUGAACUUAGAGAUGCGGCGGACUACUUGUCAAAGGCUGGAGACCAAAAACUGCACCUUUCAAGAAGGGGAGCUUUACAAGCAAAUUGAGUGCUUUUUCUCAGUGUUUGUUGUCCCCUGGUUUGAAAAGUACAAAAUUCUAAACAAAAAUUGCACCAAUGGCUAGGUGUCCUGGAGCAAACACCUGCAGUCACUACAUGUGAAAGUAUCCUGCAACAACAGUGAUUCUCAGCAUGGAAAAUAAAUGUUUUGUUUUGUUUUUUACCUCUUCUCUUAAUGUGUAUAAUUCCACUUUCCACCCACAACUCUUCAGUUCAUAAUAAUAUAAUCUUAAGAU